AAGUCACUACGAGAGUAGAGCCGCUGGAAGGAUACACAAUUAACCAAGUAGGGAAAGACGGAGAAGAAACCUUUCCAGUGCCAGGCUCCGAACUGUAAAACCGGGAAUAUUUUUACCGUCAAAGCGGAAGAGUAGCACCAAUAUUGCCCCAGAACUGGGGUAGCGUCCGCAACACUCCCGCAAUGGAUAGAGUUUUAACUUGUCUCCUUGCUGCUGUCAGUUUACUGGUUUCAGUUCGAGGACAAGUAUUCAAAGGUGACUGCAACUUCGAAAGACCAUACACAUCUUGCGGCUACAGUCAAGGCAAAGAUGAUGACUUUGAUUGGGAACAGGGGAACACUAAGGAAAGACCCUCUUCAGAUCCCUGGGUCCCAUCCGGCUCGGCCUUCAUGAUGGUGAACACGUCCGGGCGGUCAGCAGGCCAGAAGGCCCAGCUGUUUGUGCCCCAGCUAAAGGAGAAUGACACCCACUGCAUCAUCUUCCAGUACUACGGCGCCAGUCGCGAGGGCUCUGUGCCCGGCCAGCUCAACAUCUACGUCAAGGAGAACAACAGUCCGCUGGGCAUCCCCGUGUGGAACGCCACUGAGCUGGCCUCACACAAGUGGCACCAGGUGGAACUGGCAGUCAGCACCUUCUGGCCCAAUUUCUACCAGCUUGUCUUUGAGGUGGUGACCACUGGACAACGCGGCCUAGUGGCCAUCAAGGACAUCACACUCCAGGGACACCAAUGCAUGAGCACCCCACACUUCAUGCACAUCAAAGGCGUGGAGGUUAACGCCAGGCAAAGUGCCACUUUCUCCUGCACCAUUAACGGCCAGCCAAAAGACCAUGCCAGCUACAAGCUCUGGUUACAGGGGAUCGGAGGCAGACAGGCCCCUAUGAAGGAGACGAAGCCAGUCAACUCACGGCGGUACACGGCCGCCUUCGACGUAGAGAACACCACCAAGGGCGACUCAGGUCGCUACCGCUGCAUCGUCCAGUCGGACCGGGGUGUAGGGGUGUCCAGUUACGCCGAGCUCAUUGUUAAACAACCUCCGGUUCCGAUCGCUCCCCCUCAGCUCAUUGCUGUGGGCGCCACCUACCUGUGGAUCCAGCUCAACGCCAACUCCAUCAAUGGCGACGGGCCCAUCAUCGAGCGCGAGGUCGAGUACCGCACCGUCACCGGAAGCCUCAUAGAUAACCAGCCCGUGGACAAGCCCACCCACAAGAUCGGCCAUCUGGACCCAGACACCGAGUACGAGAUCAGUGUGCUUCUGACCCGACCCAAUGAAGGGGGUACUGGGGCUCCUGGACCUCCCCUGCGUGCCAGAACCAAGUGUGCUGAUCCCAUGCACGGGCCGCGCAAGCUGCAGGUGGUGGACAUCAAGUCCAGGCAGAUCACGCUCCGCUGGGAGCCCUUCGGCUACAACGUGACGCGCUGUCAUAGCUACAACCUGACCGUGCAGUACCGGUACCAGGCGGCGGGCAAGGAGGAGACGCGCGAGGAGCUGUGCUACGACACCCUCAGCACCACCCCACAGCACACCAUCCGCAACCUCUCCCCCUACACCAACGUCAGCGUCCGGCUGGUCCUGCACAACCGCGAGGGGGUCAAGGAGAGUGAGGAGAUGGGGGUGCUCACUGAUGAAGAUGUGCCUGGUCCUGUUCCCCUGGAGUCCAUCCACGGAAGCACUUAUGAGGAGAAGAUCAACCUUAAAUGGCAGGAGCCCAUGCAGACGUACGGAAUCAUCAAGCAGUACGAGAUCUUCUACAAGGCUGUUAGCUCCUUCGACACAGUGUUCAACCUGACCAACCAGAGCGGCAAGGUGCUGAAGUUCAGCAACGAGACGUCGCACACGUUCGAGGGGCUCUACCCCGGCUCCACCUACUCCUUCACCAUCAGAGCCAGCACUGUCAAGGGCUUCGGGCCGCCAGCAAUCGCCCAGUUCACAACCAAGAUAUCAGCUCCACUGAUGCCCCCGUAUGAGCUGGAGACGCCCCUCAAUCAGACCGACAGCACCGUCACCGUACUCCUCAAGUCUGCCCAGAGCAGAGGCGCUCCCAUCAGUCUGUACCAGGUGGUGGUGGAGGAGGAGCGCCCCCGACGGGCUCGGAGGGCGGCUGAGAUCCUGCGCUGCUACCCGGUGCCCAUCCACUUCCAGAACGCCAGCCUGCUCAGCUCACAGUACUACUUCUCCGCCGAGUUCCCAGCCUCCCGCAUCCUGACCUCCAAGACCUUCACCAUCGGCGACAACAAGACCUACAACGGUUACUGGAAUGUCCCGCUGCUGCCCCACAAGAGCUACAGCGUCUACUACCAGGCAGUCAGCACGGCCAAUGGGGAGACCAAAAUCGAUUGUGUACGAGUGGCCACUAAAGGUGCGGCCACACGCAAACCAGAUGAGGUCGAGCCAGAAAAACAGUCUGACCACACAGUGAAGAUCGCCGGAGUUAUCGCCGGCAUUCUGCUCUUUAUCAUCAUCUUCCUCGGCGUGGUGCUCGUGAUGAAGAAACGGAAACUGGCCAAAAAACGUAAAGAGACUCUGAGCAGCACCCGGCAGGAGAUGACCGUGAUGGUCAACUCCAUGGACAAGAGCUACACAGAGCAAGGCACCAACUGCGACGAAGCCAUUUCCUUCAUGGACACCCACAACCUCAAUGGCAGAACUGUUUCCUCGCCGUCAUCAUUCACCAUGAAGACUAACACCCUGAGCACAUCCGUGCCGAACUCCUACUACCCAGAUCCAUUUGUGCCAACUGCUAUCUUAGUGCCAAUUAAUGACGACAACCACACGAUGACCAGCGACACCAGCAGCCUAGUGCAGUCCCACACCCACUCGUUCAAGAAGAGGGAGGCGGUGGACGUCCCCUACCAGACGGGGCAGCUGCAUCCUGCCAUCCGCGUGGCCGACCUCCUGCAGCACAUCACCCAGAUGAAGUGCGCCGAGGGCUACGGCUUCAAAGAGGAGUACGAGAGCUUCUUUGAAGGCCAGUCGGCUCCCUGGGACUCGGCGAAGAAGGACGAGAACCGCAUGAAGAACCGCUACGGCAACAUCAUCGCAUACGAUCAUUCCCGCGUGAGGCUUCAGCCAGUGGAGGGAGAACAGACCUCCGACUACAUUAAUGCAAAUUACGUUGAUGGUUAUCAUAGACCAAACCACUACAUCGCUACCCAAGGACCCAUGCAAGAGACCGUUUAUGACUUCUGGAGGAUGGUGUGGCAGGAGAACACUGCCACCAUUGUCAUGGUAACCAACCUGGUGGAGGUGGGCCGGGUGAAGUGCUGUAAGUACUGGCCAGAUGACACUGAGAUCUACAGGGACAUGAAGGUGACACUGAUUGAGACCCAGCUGCUGUCCGAGUAUGUGAUCCGCACCUUUGCAGUGGAAAAGCGGGGUGCCCAUGAGAUCCGUGAGAUUCGUCAGUUCCACUUCACCGGCUGGCCAGAUCACGGCGUGCCCUACCACGCCACCGGCCUGCUGGGCUUCGUGCGCAGGGUCAAGUCCAAGAGUCCCGCCAAUGCCGGACCCAUGGUGGUCCACUGCAGUUGCGGGGCUGGCCGGACCGGCUGCUUCAUCGUCAUCGACAUCAUGCUGGACAUGGCCGAGCGCGAGGGUGUGGUGGACAUCUACAACUGUGUGAGAGAGCUGCGCUCCCGCCGAGUCAACAUGGUCCAGACAGAGGAGCAGUACGUGUUCAUUCAUGAUGCCAUCCUGGAAGCGUGUCUGUGCGGGGACACCACCAUCCCCUCCUCCCAGCUGCGCUCCGUCUACUAUGACAUGAACCGCCUGGACCCCCAGACCAACUCCAGCCCCAUCAAGGAGGAGUUCAGGACACUGAACAUGGUGACUCCCACGUUGCGCGUGGAGGACUGCAGCAUCGCGUUGUUGCCGCGCAACCAUGAGAAGAAUCGCUGCAUGGACGUUCUCCCGCCCGACCGCUGUCUGCCCUUUCUCAUCACCAUUGACGGGGAGAGCAGUAACUACAUCAACGCCGCCCUCAUGGAUAGUUACAAGCAGCCCUCAGCAUUCAUCGUUACCCAGCAUCCUUUGCCCAACACUGUAAAAGACUUCUGGAGGUUGGUCCUGGACUACCACUGCACGUCCAUCGUGAUGCUAAACGAUGUCGACCCAGCACAGCUGUGUCCACAGUACUGGCCUGAGAAUGGAGUCCACAGGCAUGGGCCCAUUCAGGUGGAGUUUGUGUCCGCUGACCUGGAGGAGGACAUCAUCAGCAGGAUAUUCCGCAUCUACAACGCUGCACGGCCCCAGGAUGGGUACAGGAUGGUGCAGCAGUUCCAGUUCCUGGGCUGGCCCAUGUACCGCGACACGCCCGUGUCCAAGCGCUCCUUCCUCAAGCUCAUCCGGCAGGUGGACAAGUGGCAGGAGGAGUACGACGGAGGGGAGGGACGCACCGUAGUGCACUGUCUGAAUGGAGGAGGACGUAGCGGGACGUUCUGUGCCAUCAGUAUUGUGUGUGAAAUGCUGAGACACCAGCGCUCAGUGGACGUGUUUCACGCCGUUAAGACACUGAGGAACAACAAACCCAACAUGGUCGACCUACUGGAUCAGUAUAAGUUCUGUUAUGAAGUGGCACUGGAGUACUUGAAUUCUGGUUAAGUUUUUCGUCUAGGCUGGAGGCUUCCACCCUUCCCCCCUCUGCCCCGCCCCUGCCCCUGCCCCCACCCCACCUCUGGCACCCCGCUUAACCCCGGACUGAGACGCAAACACGCAUGAAUGUUUUUAAAAAGUGCUGGACGCGCGACCCAGCAUAGGACAAGUGCUGCUUAGGCCGCCCCCUAAGUCAGGAGACGCUGGCGACGUGGGAAUGUGGUCUUCGAACGGGGAUCGCGAAGGAUAAACGGGAAUAACAAAACAACUUUGCGAGAAACCUUUGAUGGUUUUUUUUAAAGGAAGGGAGGACCAGACGCUUGCACUGUCCAGCUGAACUGUCUGUGGUGAUCCAUGACCCUCCUUCAUCUACGACCCCCAAACUUGAUAUUUGACCUUGACCUUUGACACCCCUGUGCUCUGUGUAUGUACAUUUCAGCAAGAGUCCGCUGGAGCAAUGCGCUACUGUAUCCCUCCUCUCCUCACCCUCGCCCCACCCCCACCCAACCAGCAUCCCUGAACACUUUGAGGAGCACACUGAUGUACUUUGACGCUCAUUUGUCCAAGUCUUUUCAUUCUUCACUUCCUGACACUCCUCUCUCUAUCUUUCUCUCUAUCUCUCUCUUUCACUUUCUCUCUCUCUCGCCUGUGAUUCUUGUUAAUUGCCUUUUUAUCCUUGUUGGAUUAUAGUUGUCAUUUCCGUUUUUGUGGGGAAUGCAAUGUUAGCGUAAUGUUGAUGUUUUGUUUGUAUUAUUACUGUUAUUAUUAUUAUUAUUAUUUUAUUUUUAUUUGAUUUUCUACUUUUUGUUUGUUAAUGUGAGGCAGUAUGAAAUGUACAGCUGAAGAAAAAAAACAUGAAACUGGCAUUAAGAGUGCGAAUUCUAAAUGUAAUGUUGCCAUUGCUAUGAUCGCUAGGGGUGUCUUUACGCUGACCUUUGGGAACUGCUGAUACAGUCCAUGCGCAAGCUUACCGUCAUGUCAAAUGAUCCAAAGCUUUUAUUUGUUGUCCUUGUUAAUAUUGUAAAUAUUUGAAGUUCGGCAGAUUAUUUAUUCAUUGAGAGUUUUGUGAAGCACAUUGAUUGACAAUCAUGUUUUUAUUUGGUCAUUAUUUUUCUCCCUUCACGGACUCUACAUAAUGUUGACAAAUGCUAUUGGUAGCCUUUUAUUUAUCUUGUAUGGAGAAUUGAUUCAAACUUACAAAUACAUGCAUAUCUAUAUAUGA